AUGAACGGCGCCUCUAUCAACGGUAUCGGCCAUGCCGAGGACCGCCCCGACGGCCAGGCUAAUGGCAUCACAAACGGAUUCUCCCAGGCCAGUUCUGGCAGCUCGCACGACGACCUUCCCGAGUUCGACGCGACCGAGCAUCCGCAUCGACGAUACAACCCCCUCACACGCAGCUGGGUCCUCUGCUCACCCCACCGAACCAAGCGUCCCUGGCAAGGUCAAGAAGAAGCGCCUCAAACCACCUCACUCCCGCCCUACGACCCCAAAUGCUAUCUCUGUCCCAACAACACCCGAGCUACAGGGCAGAAGAACGACGACUACUCGUCCACAUUCUUCUUCGAAAACGACUAUGCUGCGCUCAGACCCCAAGCCGUCGCUGAAGAGAAGAACCAGCAUCCACUCCUCCAGUCGCACCCUGCUCGUGGUCGUUGCUACGUGAUCUGCUUCAACCCUCAGCACAACCUGACGCUCGCACAGCUCAGCACACCUCCCUUUUCGCCCGACGAACACAUCGUUCCCAUCAUUCGAAGCUGGCAGAAGAUCUACAAACAGAUCCCUGCAGAAAAUCCUUUCGUCAAGUACAUUCAGAUCUUCGAGAACAAGGGCUCGGCGAUGGGAUGCUCGAAUCCACAUCCUCACGGUCAGGUCUGGUCGUUGGACUACGUACCGGAGGAACCGAGUAAGGAGCUCGCUUCGCUCGAGGCCUGGUCGAACGACCCUAUCAAUCAAGAUCCCAAGGUCAACCUCGGUGUGGUGGAUGACCACGGUCGUCCAUCGAUGCUCCUCACCCUCGCCAAGUUGGAGUUGACCACUCCAGGUCAACCGAGGGUCAUCACGUCCAACGAACACUUCGUCGCCAUCGUUCCGUACUGGGCAGUCUGGCCAUUCGAAGUCCUCCUGCUUCCAAGUCAGAGACAGAUCCGCAACAUCCUCCAAAUGACCGAAUCCGAGGUCGUCUCGCUCGCAAGGAUCUUGGCCACCAUCACGUGCAAGUUGGACAACGUCUUCAAGUGCAGCUUCCCAUACUCGAUGGGUAUACAUCAACAACCUACAAGUGGCAAGGAAGAUGGCGAGUUCGCGCAGUUUCACGUGCACUUUUAUCCGCCGCUGUUGAGGUCGGCGAGCGUGAGAAAGUUCUUGGUAGGUUUCGAGAUGAUGGCCGAACCGCAGAGGGAUUUGACGGCGGAACAGGCGGCCAAGAGGAUCCGCGACUGCGAGGAUAGACAUUAUCUGACGACGAUGCAGCAGCAGUGA